AUGACAAUUGACGGUGAACAGGGAAAUCCAUGCGCUGAGGAUGGCCAGAAGCUAUCGCAAAGUCAAAAGCUACAAGGAGCUUGCAAUGGAGAAACUAUUGUCCCAGCUGACAAACAGAAUCUUUCGUUCGAGCCAGUCCUCAAUGGCCCUCUCGUAAACAUGACACCAGACAAUGCUCCUGGAGUUCCUCAUUUCUUGGUUGCAAUGUCUGGUUCUAGAGAUUCAGGAAUAAUAGAUGGAUCAUCCGAUUGUCAAACACCAGUAUCAGCAAUUUCAGGAGGCAGUGGUGAUGGUGGAUGGGAUCCACCAAGUCCAGCAACAUCUUUGAAUCUUGGACUCGGAUCAGCCAGCAGCUUGAUGGAUUCGUCAUCAUCAGAGGCAUCAAACAAAAUCACGUUCAAACAAGAAACUUCAAAUUCUGCUUUGGAAGCUGUAUUGUCAGUCAUGUCUAAUACUUCUGACAAUUCUGGUGAAGAACCAUCUGGCCAACAGAUGAUGGCGGCGAUGGCAAAUGACAACGCUGGAUUGAGCCAACAAAAAGAGCUUUCUUCAGAAGCUACUCAUUUAGUAAAUACAAUUGAGGGGCAAAAUCGCAGUCCAACACGUUGCCAGAUGGAAAUAUCAAAUUCGAUGCCUGAUUCACGUAACAACGGUACCGCCACAAAUGGGUCGGAAGAAGAUGAGUCGGCAAUUAGAGCUGCACUUGUUGACAAACGUGUCCGCGUUGUCCACCUCCUCGGCGUCGGGUUCCUGUCCUUAUUCUCCGGAUUGUUUGCAAGUGUAUGGGCCCAAGCAUCUUGUGCAUUCUUUACAGCUAACAUUGUGGGAUACGCUGGAGAUGACGAUGCCUCUGGUGUCUUCUUUGAGGAAAAAUUGAGAUACGGUCUCUGGAGGUACUCACCUGGAGGCGACAGCGGCGUAUCCUGCACUUCAUACGGUUACGAUGACGAGGCAGAUGCUACAGUGAUUCCACGACUUGCCGGUGUUAUUGGGAUCAUGGGAGGUACCCUUGCACUUGCAGUUUUGUUUGCGUAUUUAAUCCUCGGAUAUGCUAAGAAAAAAAUAUGGGAGGUCGCAGUGGUUCUUGCAGUCAUGUCCGGAGUCUCGCAACUCUGCACCCUACUUUUCCUUGUGGUUGGUGUAUGCGAGAAGUAUGAAUGUGUUCCAGGACCUGGUGCCAUGGGGACUGUUAUCUCUGGUUUUUCCUUCUUCAUUCUGGGUUUCGAAAUGCUAAACAACAUGCCUCGAGAUCCUUAUGCCUUUACAAGCGGGUACUGCCCACCACAUGAAAGACCGUCUACAAUAUUACAAGGCUUCGAAGUAUCCGAUAUCAGCGAAUGGUUCAGAUCGUACCGCCAACGAAUAGGUGAGGAAAUUAGAGAAAGUCGUUUUCCGUCUUUGAAUGGGUUGCACCGGAGGAGACAUCAUGAAGAUAACCCACUUGGCGAAGGCAUGCUGGAUCAAGAUAUGUACGACCCUCCAAGCCGCCAGAUCGUGUAG